UCUUAGCCCCGCCCAUCAGCAACAGUUGCCAGCUGUUAACUUCUCCUUUCAAUUUUUUGUUUGAAACUGCCAUAAUGAAUUGCUCCGGUUUUCCUUUUUUAACUUAUAAACUGUUGUUUUACCUUUUGUAAGAGAGACAAAGAGAGACGGUUUAUUGUUGAUAUGUAAACUAAGAGGCAUCACACUCAGUUCAGACACUAUGACUGAUUUAUAUGAGCGAGAUGAACUCUCACCAAGUGCCUUUUCAGCCUCUGUUUAGGAAUCACCACAUUGAUUCAUCUUUGUAUCGCAAACCUUUCACCAUGUUGGGCCAGUUCUCCCCUGUUGAGGCAUACACUGCUCUUUCCCCCACACCACCCUGGAGCCCAGCACACCAACUUCAGCCCUUCCGUUUCCGCUCACGCACUGAGCCCAUAGACUGGAGGCGUCUCUCCGCCCUUGAUGUGGACCGUGUUGCGCGAGAGAUAGAUAUCAGUGUGCUUCAGGAUUUCAUUAUGACCGUAACGUUCUGUGCCGUGGACGGCGAGCGGUGCCCAAACUGCCGUGGGCCUGCUGACCCUUCUUUGAUGAAGUUGCUUCGUAUGUCUCAGCUGAGCACUGAGUACCUGCUGCACUGCCAGGACUUCCUGAGCGCUCAGCUGUCAGGACUGGAGGAGCGUCUGCAGGCGGCGCUCUCUCUGGUCCAGCGAGGAGAAGAACAACGAGCAGAACUCGAAAAAAAUCUGCAAGAAACUAAGCUGGAGAAUCGACGGAGAAAGAAGUUGAUCAGCACUCAACAGCUCCUCCUGCAGGCCAGUGCUAAUAAUUAUCACAAGUGCCAGUUCUGUGAAAAAUCAUUUGUCAACUACUCCUACUUACAAGCACAUGUUCAGCGAAGACAUCCUGAGGUCACAGAUGCAGAGAGGCAGAAGAAAAGGAAGGUCGACCAGAUGGAAGAUGGGAUUGAAGAACUGAAGGAAAGACUGAGAUUGACACAGAUGCAGCUUCAGGCAGAGAGAGAAACCGACAGUUUGAGGCGGCAGCAGGAACAUGAAGAGCAGCAAAGGAGAGAACAGUCAGAGAAAGAAGCGUUGGAGAGAUGGAAAGAAGAGGAAAGAAGAAAAUUUCAGCAAGAAAUUGGAGAUCUAAGACAAUUGUUUCUCCAGGAGUCAAAAGACAUGGCAAGCAAGAGCUCAUCCAUAGAGGCUAAACUGCAGUUGUUGCAGAACAAAGAGCUGGGUCCAUUUAACAAUGUCAGUUCGCAAGAAGAGAUUGACCCUGAGAAAGAAAUUAGAGAAAACAGAGAAAGAAAGCUGAAAGAGAUGAUGGCCAGGAAGAAAAGUGAAUGGAAGAAGAAAUUACAGGAAUCACAGACUAGACACAAGCAGGAGCAAGAAGAGCUGAAGAGUGAGAAUGCCAGGCUUCUGAAGGCCUUGUCGGUGGAGAAAAACUCUGGCUCCAGUCUGAAGAAACUUCAGCAGCAGGUUGUCUCUCUCUCUUCUCAGUUGAGCCAGAAGGAAAGGCUCAUCAAAUUUCAAGAGGAGAAGAUUAAAAAACUGUCGGUCAUACCAGUCUCAGUUCCAGUGGUUUCUCAGAAUGCCCCAGAUUCUCUUGAGGAGCCAGAGGAGGAAGGAGAGAGCCUGGACGAUUCAGAUGAACCAGAGUGGAAAGUUCUAAAGUCACACAAAGGAAAGCCAGAGCUGAUGAGAGAGUCUAGACCCAUUCUAGAAAAAUCACUAGAGGAAAAACUGGAGAAUAUGGGACUGCGGAAGGGUACCAAGGGCAUCUCUAAGCAAACAUUUAAAAGUCUGAGCACUCUGUUGACUGGUCAGCGACUGCAGAGAUGUAGACAGCAGCCAGACCUUCAAACCCAUAGAGACAACUUGGUACAUGAGGUCACCAGGCGAGUGAAAAGCCUGCAGAAGAGCCAGGGGAAAUUAACACCCAGCAUUUCGAAACAGAGGGGAAAGAAAAAUUCAACCCCAGUGAAGGAAAAAAGGCUCCGAUCCAGGGAUGGCUCAAAGCCGUCCAUUCAGAAGGCUAAUAGCCAGCAGCCAAAAGCACUUUUUCCAACACCCACCCCACGCUCCAAAGCACCUCCUCAAAAUCAGACUCCAAAAACACUGCAAAAAAAGAACAGCACACCACCUUUCAGUUCAGAUGAGGAUGAGUCAGUUGAGGACAGUGCCUAUAUUACCAGCUCACGGGGCAAGCCUUCCCCCUCCGUGCGCCUUGUUCAAUCAGGAUCACUGCUGAACCCAACAGCCGAGCUUGAUUGGUCAGACAGUGAGCUGUCAGAGGCUGCAGACACACCCAAACACCACAAAGCUCCCAAUCCACAUGGUUCUGUUGUCCAAACACUGACAAGAAGUUUGGAAAGACAGCUAAGCACACCAAUCAAAAAACCUGUAGGCGGGACUAGAGUUCUGCCACCAUCCAGCCCCUCCCCUCGCCCAGCCAUUGUAAAACAGCGAGCGCUAUCUGAUGAGGAGAGUGAUUUGGAGCUGUCCUCCAUAGAAGAGCUCACGGCAAACCGUGCAGGAGUACGCAAAAGUUCAGAGGUCGGCGGGACAUCGGGGACCAGUGCAUGGAGUUCUGCAGCCAGUAGACCAGGAGCAUGGUGACAUGUGAUGUGACCUGUCAAAUAAAUGCAUGUUUUCAUUCCAAACCCAAAUUUUCUCCUAGACUCGAAUGGAAUUUACAAACGCACUUACAAAAGAAUCAUUAUCAUAAGUGUAUCCACAAACUGUAGCCAAAAAUAUCAGCCAUUACUUGUUUGAGUGCUGUAGUAUAACCUUCAGGCGCUUUGUUUUUAUAAACUGUGCACUUGAUAGUGAAAAAAAACGUAGUCCAAGACACAUUUCAUUUUUUAGCAGCCAAGCAGGAAGCAGUACAAAUUUUCUACGAGCUUUUUAUAUACAGUAAAUAAUCAUUGGGUUUCAAACACUUUUUUGUGUGUUAAUUAUAUACUGUAUUGGUGAAAAAAACGUUACUGAUGACCAGUUUACAUUUAAAUAAAAUGUAGAAAAAAGUACACAAAGCAACAUUAAAAGGAAAAUACAUUUUUUUUAAUAUAAUAUAAAUUAUAAUCUAAUCUUAUUAUAAUAAGACUUGUGUCUUCACAUGUCAUCAGAUUUUUGGUUACAGAUUUAUAUAGUGCACUCUCAAAGAUGGCUUCUGAUUGGCUGUCAAUGUGUUUAUUGUUCAUCAGCUGGAAGGGAAAAAAAAGUAUUUCCAACUAUAUAGUUCUUCAAUGUCUUUAUCGUUAUAGCUGUGGUGUGGACUUGCCUAUUUUCAGAGAAUUAGAAUGAUUAUUAAAACUGUACAAUUAUCACUAUAGCUUUCAUAUUUUAAAGAUGAUCAUGAUUAUAAUUGUGCUUAUAGCUGUGGUAGAAGUAACAAUGCAAAGUAAAACAGUAGCUAAUGAGAAAAUAUUUCAAAGUAAUGUUUGCCAUGUGUGAUGAAGGUGAAACACGAUAGUUUGCAACAAGUGAGAUGGCUGAAAGUUCUAAACAAAAAAAAAAAAAGUGACCAUGCAGACUACAGUCCCCACAAUAGCCUGGCUGCAUGUUCUUAUCUCUCGGGCAACAGAGUUGGGUUUCUUGCCAUUCUUAUCAGCACACAUUCAUCUCAGAAUGAGAUUAAAUGUUGAAUUACACCCGUCUCCUUUUCUCACCUGGCAACGCACAACCUGCCUUCCUACCGCUCUUUCUGCAGCGGCCUGACGAUUGUUUGUCCUAUUUUACACUGUGGCCUUGAAUGGCUUGCAUCCCUAUAAAGAGACAUAAAGGUUUCUGGCCUUUAAAAUCUGUCAGUGCCUCUGAGCUCUGAUAGCCCGAGCAGCUGCAAUCAUUGUGGGCCCUCCAUUAGUGAAGUCUCGGAGAAAAGAACCCAAGCCGUGCAGUGUUGGCGAAGAUGAAAGACUCUCCAGGGAAAAUGGUGACAAAUAGGGUGCCAUUUACAGCCUUUUACCCAUGGUUACCUGGCUUACUUCCUCUGUAACUCUUCUUCACUAUCCACUAGAUUGAUGCCUAAUUGCUAUUACAGCUCAGCUGUCACUAGAGGGCGCAGAGUGUACAGAAUAAGCUGCGUGUAUCACAGCAGGAAACAAAUUUGCAGAGCACUUGAUAAGAGUGUUUCUUUUCAUUCUCUUUUCAUUCUCCGAAGCCCCAAGCGGAAACAGUUUGUUUGUACUUCUCAACAGGCCUUGAGGAUUUCGCACUGAAUGUGGGCCAGUCAAGAAGAGGACAAUUAGGAUUUUUACCCACAUUUCACACUUGAAAUAAGUGUUGAAACAGUCAAUCCAUAGUUCCUCACAAUCUUCUGUGUCCUUGUUCUUUAUCUUCUGUCCAUCCCGAAGCUUCCAUAAUGCCAACGCUGCCGCUUUCAGCUGACAGACAGAGGAUUUCAAAUCCUCCAAGAUGAACGCCCGGGGGCCCAGCUUCAAUGAGCAGCAUCCACUAAUACGCAACACCAAGCAGACGAUACAACAUCCAGCACGGCUCUUGCGGAAAGACCGGGAAAUGGCGAAUUCAAGUGACAUUGAAAUAGUUUUUUGUUCUAACACAGAGGAAACACAGAUGCUAGAAACUGACAUGGUCCCAUCGGUGCCGGAUACGGCAGGCUUAAGUUCUCCGGAAAGGCUUCAGGAUGCUGGAGGAAAAUAAAGACCUUUUCUCUAUUACCGAUAGCCGCACUUAAUGUGUUGACCCCCGGGUCAGAGCCUCGCGGAUAGUGAGGUCGCAGGGUGAAUUUAUUUAAGCUGUGUGGCUUUUCAUCUUUACUAGGAAACAUAAACUCACUCAAGAGAUCAGCAACACCACGCCGCUACAUUUUACUGUCAAAAAUAACUUGCAAACGCACUCAUGAGUGCUGCUCUCCAUCACCCAUGAAUGAAGAAUCACUUGACAACACUGAGUUGAGGGUGGAGAUUCCUCCAGGAAGGCAGAGGUCCCCUGCAAUUGAAGGAUGGGCACAAACUUUUGCGGAUUCCAGAGCAAUUAACCAAUCAGGUCUGGCAAUAUGGUGUGACAGAGUGAGCACAUCACGGGCCGCUGCGACUCACAUCCGUUAUGCAUUGAGACUGGCCAGAUCUAAAUUAGAGAGCCAAUUAACUCUGCUAAUAGCCCUCUCCAAUUUAAUCUGGGAGACAAUGGGGGAUUGAAGACGAUGCUUUAUUAAAGACGGGAGCUCACACAAUAUCCUCUUUCUGCUACGAUUCGGAGGGCCUCCACUCACUGCCUUGUUUUUGCUUCAAUUAGCCUGCCGCCUCCCAUGAUUAAGUGCCUAUAAUUAUUUUUCAAUUAAGGCUUUGAUCUGCAGUGUACUGUAUACAGCUUCUUGGCACGACAGGAAGAAUGAGGAUGAGACAGUGAAUUUGUUCCCUUUCUGUUUGCCGUUGAUGGGGGUGCGGGAGAGAUUAUGUUUGCAGCGAGGACCCUCUGGGAUGGACACUUCCUCUACGCAAAAGCUGAUGAAAGCACAGCUCGGAUUUAGUGUGGGCUUUAAAGUUGGGUUUUUCCUGAAAUUUCCAGGUUUGAAUUUGUUCGGGAAUAUGAAAUCAUGCUAAUAAGAAGAUGUAGCAUGGUGGUAUAGCGCACACGCCUCACAAAUUGCAGGUCCUGGUUCAAUCCCUAGGAUCUCCAUGACAAUACUCACAACUGCCAGUAAAUUGGACUAUCCCGAUUAGCAACUAAUCCUGAAUCCACAGCACUUGCAAACUGCAGCAGUGAAGGUGAUGUAACUCACUGGAAAGGUUGAUGCUUUGAACUGUAAAUCGCUUUGGAUAAAAUGUGUUAAAUGUUAAAUGAAAGUGACCAAUAAGUGUGUGAGGAUUUUGGACCAAUGAAAAAUAGCAUUUGGUCUCUGAAAAUGUUAAGAUACAAAAAGCUUAAGGAAAAUCUUGUGAACGUGCAACAUGAUUUAUAUUUUAUUUGCACAAAUGCAUUACUCGGAUACAUAGAGCACAUGUCAUUUAUACAUUCAUACAGGCUAUAUAUGAACGUUUAAAGGAAAUUUUCCGUAAUUUUUACUCCGCUUUUGCCAUCACUAUUUGAUUUUAAAUGGUCCUGUGUUAUAAAGUACAAAUAUGUCAUGUCUCCCAACAAUAAUAAAAAUAUAAAAACAUACACUGCCCUACAAAAGUUUGGAAACACCCCUGGCAAUAUCAGCAUAAAUCCUUAUCAUUUUUUGGUGCAAAUACAUUAAAGUAACUUGACAUUAUCAUU